UGUACAAAACUACCUCAAAUCUCCAGAUAGAUACAACACAUUCAGUCAAACGUUCCAUGGGCAUGUCUAAGUCCGUGUCGUCUCCGUUACCAUGGCAUGUUACUAUCAUGCACAAUCCCUAGGUAAUGCUAAAAAGUAAGCAAAAAUGUUAGAGAGCUGCGGGAAAUAUAAACCUGGACUUCCCCCUCUUCUCUGGAGUCAUGGAAACCAGUCCACAUUUGCAGGAGAAAUCGUCGCAAAAAGUGAGAUAUCUCUUCAUACCAGUACAGACAUCAUGUCCCCCACGGUCAUUCUCAUUACAGGAGCAAACUCCGGUGUCGGAUAUGCCACUUCGUUAGUCAUCGCCAAUGCAUCCACCGACUACCAUGUAAUCAUGGCAGGACGUAACGAGGCCAAGCUCAAGGCCGCAAAGACACAGAUUGAAGCAUUGGGAACGAUCAAAGGCACGCUCUCGACCUUGAUUCUAGAGGUGACAUCCGAGGAAUCGAUCAAGUCGGCAGCAGCAUGGGUGGAGGACAAGUUCGGUAAACUAGAUGUGCUGAUCAACAACGCGGCGGUUGGGUCGAGGGAUCUGCGAGUUUGUAUGGAAGCCAACGUAUGGGGGCCGUGGUUCAUUGCGAAGACAUUUCGGCCCCUGUUGUUCAAAUCCGAGUCGCCUUAUUCCAUCUACGUCAGCAGCGUGGUUGGACUUCUGGGUCCUGCUGCUGAUCCCAAGUCGCCUUUUUACAACGGUCCACCAGAAGCAGCGGGCUACCGCUCUAGCAAAUCCGCCCUCAACAUGGUCAUGGUUGAAGAGUUCAAGGAUUUCAAAGACACAAAGCUGAAAUCUAUCGCUGUUUGUCCUGGCUUCGUUGUCUCCAAUUUGCGAGGUGAAUCUGAGGAGGCACGCACAGGUGGUGGAAAGGCUGGAGAUCCCAUGGUCUCAGGUCAAACCAUCCUAGGCAUUGUCCAAGGAAAACGCGAUGCCGAUCUGGGCUGUCUUGUUCACAAAGAUGGAGUCUACUCGUGGUAGCUUUGAAUCAUAGGCCUUCCAACAAUAUGGCCAAGGAGCCUACGAUAGACGUGAUAGAGACAUAUAUAUGCAAUGUAAGCCGAGGAUUACCUCUCAUGGAUGAUGGGCCCUGAAUCGGUUUCUCAAUUGACGCAAUUAAUGCUAUAAGGAUAUUAAAGUCU